AUGAGCGCGGACCCUCUCCUGUCCCUGCGACAGGCCAUCAAAUCGCGAAGCACUAUCACGUACCGCAACGGACCUGAACCGACGGGCUUGUUGGCCUCGGCAACGCACAUAGUCCUAUCCUCAUCCGUCUCACUACCCAAAUCUGCACCAACCAGACUCCGUAAACCUGGGACGACCUCUUCUGACCCUUCAACAAGCCCUCAAGACUUCUUCUCCGUCGCCGCAGUGUAUCUGGCAUGGCUGCUCAGAGAUGCGUCCGGCGCGGACUACAUGAAGCAGGCCCGCGAGAAUGGUCUGGCCGUAGGCUUUGUGAGCGUUACAGAACGAAAGAAUGUGGUGGAUUGGCUGGAAGAGCGGCGGGGUGACCUCGAGAACAUUGCGCCUCUCGCUGCUGUUCAGUCGACGACACCGCCUGGAACACCACCACAACUCAAGGCUUCUGCUAACCUACCUGCAACUCCCUUUGCUGCAAAAAGCGGAGAACAGUCAAGUCCUCUCAAACGCCGUUAUGUUGCAGACGCAGCAGACGUGGAGGUGGUAAAGAAAAUCAAGCAAAAUGAGAUUGAGCUGCACGACAGGACCACAGUUUUACGUGGUGUCAAACCAAACAAUUUUGCAGCAGUAAAGAACACGUAUGCGGAUAAGCUCAAGAAGCUUCGGGAUGCUGGAAAGAGCGGGGCGGCGCAAGGAGCUACAUCUUUAACACCAGAUCCAAAACUCCAAGCAAGAAAGCCCAAGAACCAAUACCCAAUCAUCAUGAUCUCCUCUUCACCCACUGCAUUAAUCACCAUGCACAAUGUCAAGCGCUUCCUACAAGAGGCUGUCUUCGAGCCAUCCCAAGAAGCGCGCGCCCGCGCUGCCGCAGAGGGGAACACGCGGCCAGACGAUCUUAUCCCUAUCUACCGCAGACGCACAACAAUAGACCCGUCGGGGCGUGAGACGGAGAGUCAGUCACGGUACUUCGUCGUGGACAGUGCUGACGCGCUGACCAAGUUCGGCUCGGAUGCAUGGGAUCGCGUCGUGUGCGUGAUGACAACGGGGCAGGCGUGGCAGUUCCGCCCGUACAAAUGGAGUGAACCAAGGACGCUCUUCCAUCAUGUAAAAGGCAUUUACGUUUCGUGGGCAAACGAGCCCCCGAACCACAAAAUCAAAGACUGGAACGUCACCGAGCUGAAGAUUGACCCGCACAGACGCCACGUUGAUAAGUCCGUAGUCGCGCACUUUUGGAAGACGCUAGACACCUGGACAAUGACGAACAAGCCGUGGCUCAUGCAUGGGUAA